CGAGGGGGCGAGCAGGUGGUGGGCUGGCAGUUGUGCCAGGCAGCCCCCUCGCAACGUGGGGGCAGGAGGAGGCCAAGGGGCGGCCCCGCACUGGCAGGCCCUGCUCAGACCCGGCUGGGCCCGGCGCCCCGGCGCCCCGCGCCUCUCUCGCCUCCUCGGUCCGGGCGCAGAGACCCAGGAGCAGUUGGCCCGGAUCCCUCUCGGCUGGCAGAAGAGGACCCAGGAGUCCUGGCGCUCGCUCUCGCUCUCCCCCUCCAGUCCCCUCCCCGGGUCCAGAUCCUUCCCUGCUGAACUGGGAGAGGACCCAGGAGUCCCGGCGCCCUCGCUUCACUCCUCCCCCUCCCCAGUUAGUACGGAGCGGACCCGGGAGAUCUGGCACCUCCGGGCUCCCGCCAGAGGAGGGCCCAGGAGUCCGGCCGGAACCUCUCUCCCCUCCCCCGCCCCGCGCCGCCGGGAAAGGACCCAGGCGUCCGGGCGCCAGCUCCGCCUCCGUGCUUUGCAUGUGACGGCGCCGUCAACGCUGCCUCCCCGACGAGGGACCCGGCCUGCGCGGCUCGGUCGGAGGCAGGAAGAAGAAGAAGAAGAAGAAGAAGAAGCAGAAGAGCGGGGCCUCCGCCGCCCCCCCCAGCCCCCCGGGGAGAGAGGGACCCGCGCGUCCCGCGGGGCCAGAAGCAACUUGGAGCCCGCCGGCAGCCUCGCCCGGGACGCGGGUGCAGGGGAGAGGCGCCGCGCAGCCCAUGGAGCCUCCCGGGUCGGGCGCGGCGGCUGCCGCCUUGCUGACGGGUGAGUAGCUGGGGAUGGAGGGCGACCCGCCCGGACGACGCUGCCUCCUUUCUGCCUGGGGGCACCGGGGGGCAGAGCCCUUUGGCCCCGCCAGGCGCCUGCCCGGGGACCCCAGCACCCUCUUCGCCCCAUGGACGGGGGCGGGCGGGCAGGUGGGUGUCCCCGGGCAGCAGCCGCGGCGCCCGGAGCGGAGUCUCCCUCGGACGCAGCUGCAGCCGCUUCGGGCCAGGAGCGCGCGCUCGGGCUCCCGGGAUCUCCUGCCAAAGCCGCUCCGCUGCUGGUCUGCCCACUUGCGCUGCGAAUGCCGAGAGACUCUUCCCAGCCUCGGCCGGCCCUCGAGAUCCCCACCUGCCCCCCAUCUCUCCGCCCCCUGCCGCCUCCGCACUCGGCAUUCACUGCCGGAUUACGGAGUGUUUGAUGGGGUUUCGUAUUAAACCCAGCGCCAGAAAAUCCUUUCUUUAGGCCAAAUCCAAAGAUUCGGGGGGGGGGGAUGGAGCAGCAAGAGAGAAGCCAAAUCAGCCUUCUUUGCCUGUCCAUCCCUGCAGCUCCUCUUCCCGAUCCGGUGCAGGCCCUUCUUUCCCCAGAGUCAGAUGGGGGGGGGGGGGUUGCCUCCCAGGAGGAAAGGUAAACCAGAGGCUGACAGAGGACCCUUCCCUGUGACAAUUCGGGGGUUGUCAGCUGAAGCAAGGGGGGGUGAGUCUGGAGCCGAUGGGGAUGCAAAGGGGAGCUAAGAGAGGAAGGAGGCCCAUCCCUGGCGGGGGCCAGGAUUCAGGCUUGGACUUAGCCAGGCCACAGCAAGACUGCUGUCCAGAGUGUGUGAUUCUGAGCAUGUGCAGAGUUACCUUUCAUUUAACACUGAAUAACCACAGCUGCUCCUCACAUAUCUAGUAGUGGGAUGUGACCAAAAAAUAAUAAUACCUCACCACCAUUUGCUUCCAUUUUAGAAAUUAAUCACUCUUUGAGGGCCACCAAUAGGAUAUGAGGCAAGGACAGCUGGAGUCUAGGGGACACAAGUGAAUAGUCCCUUCCAUUUUCUGAUUACUGUCUGGUGGUUGUGCACUCUGUAUUCUGCCAAAGGAAGUUGUUAUUCCAGCUUCUCCCUCCCGUGCAUGGAUCCUGCCUCUAGUGCAUGUCCUGGGCAUGUAUCAAUCCCAGCCAUGAAGGAGAGUGUCCUUCCCUUGCACUUGGAACAGAUCCACCUGUCUUUUGUUAUACUGGGCUCUGGCACAGCCUGCAAAUGUCACUUGCACAGCCUCCUAGAGCCCCUCUGCCCACGGCUCCCCAUGCAUGCACAUGUAAAAGGUAAAGGACCCCUGGACAGUUAAAUCUAGUCAGACUUGACUAUGGGGUGCAGCGCUCAUCUUGCUUCAGGCCGAGAGAGCCAGCUUUUGUCCACAGACAGCUUUCCAGGUCAUGUGGCCAGCAUGACUAAGAACAGCGCACCAGAACAGCGCACAGAAACACCAUUUACCUUCCCGCCGCACCGGUACCUAUUUAUCUACUUGCACUGGCGUGCUUUUGAACUGCUAGGUUGACAGGAGCUGGGACAGAGCAACGGGAACUCACUCAAUUGCGGGGAUUCGAACCACCAAACUUGUGGGUGGCGCUGUGGUUUAGACCAUAUAUGACAACAGUAAUGCCUGAAUUAAGACAUUCACCUCAGUACUGAUUCCUUUUGGAUGUAUAUAGAGAAAUGGGAACUGCCAUAGUUAAAUGUCUCUGCCCUUUACUCUCUUGCUGCCCUUAUUCCUGGAAGUCCCUCCAAGGAAUGCCUAUAUAGGCCAUACUAUAUAUAUAUAUAUACUGCUGUCCAUGGAGGCACAGGUCCAUUCUGUGUCCAGGGCAGCUGUCUACCAGCUCCAUCUGGUACGCCGGCUGAGACCCUCCCUGCCUCUGCCUUGUCUCGCCAGAGUGGUGUAUGCUCUGGUUAUCUCCCGCUUACUGCAGUGUGCUCUACGUAGGGCUACCUUUGAAGAUGACUUGGAAACUACAACUAAUUCAGAAUGCGGCAGCUAGACUGGUGACUGGGAGCAGCUGCUGGGACCAUAUAGCACCAGUCCUAAAGGAUCUCCACUGGCCCCCAGUACAUUUCCAAGCACAAUUCAAAGUGUUGGUGCUGACCUUUAAAGCCCUGAACAGUGUUGGCCCUGUAGACCUGAAAGAGCGUCUCCACCCCCAUCCCUCAGCUGGGACACUGAGGUCCUCCUCUGAGGGUCUUCUGGUGGUUCCCUCACUGCAAGAAGCAAAGUUACAGGGAACCAGCCAGAGGGCCUUCUCAGCAGUGGUGCCCACCCUGUGGAACGCCCUCCCAUCAGAUGUCAAGGAGAUAACUACACAACUUUUAGAAAACACUUGAAGGGGAGCUUUUAAUGUUUGAUAUUUUAAUGUUUUUAUAUAUGCUGGAUGUCGCCCAGAGUGGCUGGGGCAACCCAGUAAGAUGGACAGGGUACAAACAAACAAACAAAUAUCAGUGCUUUUUUUCAGUGGGGACGCAGGGGCAUGCCUACCCCUAAACAUUUCGUGAAUCUUUGUACUUUUGUCCAUUUACUGUGUUUAUUUUUCCUGAUUUGAACUAUAAAAUGGUGAUCUUCUUGAGUCAAAAUGAGAGUACCCCUAAACAUAUAAUUUUUUUUUAGAAAAAAGCACUGAUUACUAUUACUACUACUUUGUCAUUCCUAUUUCUUCUUUCAAAUUUACCUUUAAAACACACCUUUCUGUGAAGCACUUGCCAUAGGCUCUCAGUUCUCACCCCCUACAGAAACUCAGCCUUAGUAGGUGCCAUUGCAUUCUUCCUUGUCGGCUCUCCUUCCUUUCCUGGUGUCAAUUGGAAGCUGCUCAGUGCAGAGACCUGCCUUUUUUGUUUAUGUUCCGCUGUAAAGCAUGGUGUACAUUGGUGCCCCAUUCAUCCAUCCUGUCUCUUCUGGGAUGUUGUGCUGCUUACUCAGGUAGAAAUCUGAUUUCCUCAGCCUCUUUGUAUAAGAACUGUCUAUUGUUAUUUAAGAAAGUCCUGGUUUUAGACUUAUGUAUAUAUGACAAGCUUGGAGAAUGACAACCUCCUGUAUUGUAUUUCAUAGGUCUGCUGGCACACAUGUGUCAAGAUUAGCUUCAGGGCAGUUUGAACAACUCCUGGGGCUGAUAUCAAGAGGGGACAUGUACAAGUUGCAGUGAAUUUACUGGCACACUUUAUUUCCAAGGCUAGUUUGUAAAUGCUCUUGUUUUGUGUCUGUGCAUGUGUGUGAAAGAGAGAAGUAUUUAAAGAUCUAUUAUAGUAGCUGUUUUAGCAGUUGGGGUGUUUAGGUGCAAGGGCUGGAGCUGAGAGGUAGAACAGAUGCUUUGCAAAACAUCCAAGGUUAAGUCCCUGGCAUCUCCAGGUGGGAUCAUGGACUCGGAAGAGCUGCUUUUAGUCAGCGUCAACAAUACUGAUGAUCUGCUUUGGUCGCAGGCAGCUUUCUGUGUUCCUGUGCAUUGUAUACCAGAAUGAUGCCUGCUCUGUUGCAAUCUAUUGUUUUGGUAUAACAGGUUUAUCCCAGAACAAGGUGUAAUCAUUAUUCUCAAGAAGUGGGCCGGAGCUAAAUUUGGAGCAAGAACAGAUAAGUUUUUACUGCAUACUCAGUUGGCAGCAGUGCUUUUUUUUCUGGGGGAAUGUGUGGGGAACGCAUACCCCUAAACAUUUUGUGAAUCUAAGUUUGGCCUCAUUGAGGGGCAAUAUUUCAAUAUGAGUAGGAAAAUGAGAAAACCCCUAGACAUUUUUUUAAGAAAAAAAGCACUGGUUGGUGGCAAAUGAUUUUUGCAAAUUGUUUUGUGCCUGGAUAAGGCAGAGCAGUCAGCAAUUAUGUUUUCAACUGUUAUCUUUGCAUCUUCUACAAGCGCAUGUAGAAUAUUAUUAGGAACAGUUAUGGGCAAAUGAUCACUGCACAUCUUCCAGUGGCAAGCAAAUUGCCUGAGACAUAUAAUCAAUUACCACCAUAGAACUUGUGACAUAAACUUAACCCUGUAAGGAAGAAGCACAUGCACAACUUGGCAGCCGGUGUUUCCAACUGUCACUAGUGGUAACUUGACUGCUGUGUAGUGAGUUUCUUGCAGCCUCCCUAAUUUGCUGGUCCCAAAAGGAUACAGUCAACAAAAUGAUGGAAAAGGUGUCACUGCACCUGCUUUCUUGCUGCAUCUGUUGUGUUUUGUGCUGUGUUUGUACAGUGGGUUGAAUUGUCAUUAAAUGGUCCCUGGAAGACUGUAGAUCAACAGGUGAUCUGCAAAGGUGGAGUGUAACUCUGAGUGGCCCAGCAAGUGACAGGAACGUGUGUAGAAUCAGGCCCACACAGCUGCCUGCUCCUCAGCGCAGUAAAGCUGAGGCAACAUCAAGCAACACAUAAAGGGACUUUUUGGGGCUGGAUCACUUCAGGAUCCGAAUGAGGGAAUGACAUCAUUGCUCCCCAAGGAGGAAAGGGAGGCACCUCCUUGCAUACAGAAUUCUAGCAUGUAAAGCAGCAUUUAGCCUGACCGUUCCCCUGAUAUGCUGCCUUUCUGUGAAGGGGAUUGUUCCCUCUGGACCCAGGAGCAUUUAGAGAGGUGCUUUCCUAACCUGUCAUUCAGGAAAAGCUGUACUGCUUGAUUCUCCUGACGGUAAAAACUGCCCCGACCCCCAAGAGAACAGGAACACGCCAUAAACAGCACCCUUGACCUGGCUGCCUCUCUGUCUCCCUUUGUCCCCUCUAGUCAUGGAUCCCUCAGUCACCCUGUGGCAAUUCCUCCUGCAGCUGCUGGAGCAGCAGAGCAAUGGACAUCUCAUCGCAUGGACAUCCAACGACGGAGAGUUCAAGUUAGUUGAUGCUGAGGAAGUUGCACGGCUCUGGGGGCUGCGGAAGAACAAGACCAACAUGAACUACGACAAGCUGAGUCGGGCCCUGCGCUACUACUAUGACAAGGUGGGAGUCUGCAGUCUGGCUUCCCAGCAUCUCCCUUGCAGAAGACCAAGGACUCCUAGAUUAACCCCGCCCCUGCCUUGCUUUCCCCUUCAGAUCAGCCUUUUCAGGAUCAGUUACCUGUGAAGGAGAAUGCACUGGAAAGUUAAAAAGGGUAUUUGGGGUGAGGUGUGUGUGCAGUCUUUGCAUAUUUACCAAAAGAGAAGGAUUGGUGGGCAGGGCCAUCAAAAGGAGAGUUCAGCAUUAUGAGAAUCUCACAUUCAACCCCCGCCCCCCACCCCAUCACUCCCUCUCUCUUUAAAGCACAUGCCUAGCCCUUAUUUGUGCAAUGAGAAGCUUGAGAGUGUGUGAAAUCUCGGAAGGCAUCCUGGCUAUGGUCCAUACAAAUUCUCCCCACUUCCCCAAGUGGCAAGAAGUUCCAGGGACAGCACACCACCACACAGGGUAUUUUACCUUUGGAAGAGACAGCACUGGAAACCUAUGACAUUUGUGUAAUAUUUGUUUUUGUUUACAAAUGUAUAGCUGAAUCAUUAGUGGAGGCCAAGAGCACCCAGUUAAUCCACCACCUGAUAUCAGAUCUCCAGAGAUAUCUCCCAUAAGGUGUCUUCCGCUUCUCUGCUUCUGUCUCUGCCCUUGGAUUAAGCCCCAUGGAAUACAGUGGGACUUUGCUCUUACGUGAACUUGCACAGGAUUUCUUUGUGGGUGUCUCAGAACUACUGUUUCUUUAUACCCACACAUACACCUCUAACCAAGUCUGAUGACUUUUACUUUCAAGCAAUAUCAAAACCAUAUCUCUGUGACUAACUCCCUUAAAGGGACAUCUAGGGACUCUUAGCUUUCAUCAGGUGGAUUGCUGGUUGUCCGUUGACCAUAACUGUAUUUCUUACCUACCCAGGGCUGGGGGUUGUGGGUGUUUGUGCGUGUGUGACUCUGUUUCUGCAAAGCAGCCGGGACAUCAUCUACACAGCUCCACUCACAGGAGUCGUUCUGCAAUGUAAAAAAAAAUAAUCAAUUUUUCUUUUUAAUAAAAUGAAGAAAUCUACAAAGGUAUGCUGUUGCCAGGGGUGAAGAACCUGCUGUGAAUUCUCUUCAAAUAUCUAUCUUCACUUUUAAAACAACAACAGUGAGGGAGGGGGCAGAGCUUGUCUCUCUCCACAAAAAUAAUAAAUCAUGCCAUACAAGAAAAUAUUUACAAAUGACAUAAUUAAUGCUGGUCAGAGUAUUAAUCUUUUCUUGGUGCAGAAUUUGAGUUUUAUUGUGGCACGUAAUUUUCAUGUACAAAGCAUACAGGAUGCCUGGUCUUGGCUGUGUGGUUUCAGCAGCAGGCAGAGGCAGCUCAGGUGCCAGCCUGGCAUUCAGGUAUGCCCCAAGUCAGGGGUGGCCACUGCUGUGUUUUCCAGAUGCGGUUGGACUCCAACUCUCAUCAGCUCCCAUGAGCAUUGGGAAAGUUCAGGGCUGAUGGAAAUUGUAGCCUAGCAAGUCUAGAACACACCAGACUCCCUUUCUGGAAGAUACCAUUGAUGGAGCCUCUGUGAGAUGCAUGGCAGAUGUAGUUUGAUCACUGUACCCUGUUCUGUGCUAAUUUUGCCGCCCUCUGUUCCUUCCAGAAUAUCAUCCGUAAAGUCAGUGGGCAGAAAUUCGUCUACAAAUUUGUCUCUUACCCGGAGCUUUCAAGCAUGGAGGGAGUAAAGGAUGAGGGAGGAGCCAAAAGGCCUGAGCAGGUGCAGAGUGAAGCAAAAGGGGGCGAGGGGGCCUUUGGGGCCCCCAAAGCCCUGCGUGGAGCUGGGGGUGCCCCACGCAGCAGCCGGAAUGAGUAUAUGCGCUCUGGGCUCUACUCCACUUUCACCAUUCAGUCGCUGCAGGCUCCUUCGCCCGCUGGACGGGUCUCCCGCCAGGAGACAGAGCUCUUGCCCACAGUGCCACCCCCUGCUGCUGCCCCUGAACCACCACCACCCUCCUUGGCCACAGUGGACAAUCCGCCUCAGCUGCACAUCAGGAUUGAGGAGCCAGAGGAGUCUCAGGAGCCCCUGCAGGUAAGUCACAAAAGUGCUGGAAGGUUUUGCUUUUUCAGAGCCGCAAGCGACUCCAGGUAGUGCAUUCCACUUUGCUGGAAGGACAGGACUUUGGUUCCAAAGGGAUAGAUGGCUGGAGGUUCUAUAUAUUUCAAAAGAAGGCCUGUUCUUUGAGUUUUCCUCCUGAUUUGUUUGCAGGCAGAGUAGUUGGCAAAAGAAUGAGCAUUCUUUUGGGUUUAUUUGCUAGAAGUUAGGUGACGCUGUGUCAAAGCAAGUAUUAUCCCACACUUUGCAGUGCCUUUCCGCCAUUCACUUUCCUCAUAGCAAAAAGGCCAAGCUUUAUUGUCUAAGACCUCCCAAUCCAUUAUAACUGUGCAGAAUUAUUUGACGGUACAGUAUGUGAUUGAAUCCCACCAGAAAACAGCAACUGACUGGAAGCAGGCUGACGAUAAGUGAACAGGACUGGAGAAGAGACAAUGGUGGCCUCAGCUUUUGGCGGCCCUGCAGCAAGAUGCCCUGAUUGGACGCACCUCCUCCUUCCCGUGGUCACAGCUGUCCAUCUCCUUGCUCUCUCCCCCUGGGCCCAAUUUGGGCCUGGAGGUAGAAGCUCUUGCUGUCACUGCUCUUGAACUCAGACAGGGAUGUUGAACAGGCAGCAGCAGCAGCAAUUAAGAAGGCCGGUGGUGGCUCACAUAGCUGGCCCUGAGAAGAGGAGGUGCACAGAAGGCACACCCAUUCACCAUGUCCUUCCUGCUGGAAGUUCUGCCCAUCCUCAUGUCUCUUUUUCAUCCUUGGUAGACAUUAUUAGAGGUGCCAGGACCAUUUGCUAGUCUUGCCUCUUAGCAGCAGCCUGACAUAAAACAAGUGAAGCUUUUCACAUCAAGCCUGGGAAGCUUCCCCAUCUCAUCUUAUGCUUGUCAGUCUGCAUGUGAAAGCAUAAAUCCCGCCAUUCUCCACAAAUUUGCGUUUGGGUUGUUGUUGUUUUUUUUGUAAAGGCUGUGGUUCCAGAACCCCACACACUUGGCAGUAGAUUUUGUGCUGUGCACACUUGGGAUGGGAACACCUUGACUAUGUGUCUUUUUAUAUAUCAUGCUGGUCGGAGCUUUGUUUGCAGGUGCAUGAAGUUUCUGAUAUGAAGAUGAACUGAUAUGCAGUUAAUUAUUAUUAUUAUUAUUUAUUGAAUUUAUAUACCACCCUAUACCCAGAGGUCUCAGGAUGGUUCACAGAAAAGUGAAGCCCCCAUUAAGCAGUGUGUUAUAAUUUACUCUUCAUUAACAUACCACCCACAAUUUCUGUGGCUUUCCUUUCACAGUGCCCAAGUGCAUUGAGGUACAGUGAGUGGAAUGCAUUACAAAAGACAAAAAAAACCUGUCAGCAAGUGGAAGUAUUUCUUUUGUGAAACGCUGUACUUAAGGCAGCAGCAGAGCAAGCCGAUUAGGCGCCUGGGGCGGCGUGUGUGCCCUGUGCCCAGGGGUGGGACCAGCUGCCUGCAGGGCAGGGCGAGCUGGGGCAGGCCUCCAAGGCGUCUGCCUGCCUCCUCCCACUCAGCCGCCCUACAGCUGAGGGGGAGGCAGUGGGCGGACUGUUUGGUGGACUGCCCCCCCUUCCUCCGCCCCUGACUUGAGGACUUUCUGGGACGGGAGUGGGAGCUGGGGAGGUUUGUGUCCGCAAGAGCAGGAGAACAUAAAGCAGAAACCAGGGAUCAGGUGAGCAGGUGUGACUCAGCAGCAUGGACCGGGGGCCACAAUGCAUUCAGGAGACAGCAAAUGGAUGGAAGAGAAGAGGUCCCAAACAGGCAUCUGCAGGGAUACCGGCAGAGCAUGAGGCACAGUAAAGGAAGUAUUAGGAAAAAAAGUUGGUAACAGCCAUAUAUGUCUGGUAGGAUUCCUUUUUCUGAGAUCAUCUGUUUCUGAAUGUUGGGUGUAUUGCUGGGGAUGCCCUUCAUUUUCCUGCCCUUCUUGUUAGUAUCCAACAGGCCUUUGUGACGGAAAGAGAAUGUGAGAUUGGUCAGGCCUUUAGAUCUGACCUCCCCAAGACAGCUCUUGUGAGGCCUGAAGUCCAGGGGUUGUGGUCAACGUAGACUUAAGAUGAACAUUCCAUCAGGCCCAGUGUUUCUCCUUGUGUAGCAGAAGGCUCUCCCCUCUCCUCUCCCUAAAUAUGUUCUGGGGUUUCUCCCAAUCCCUCUGGAGCAGAUUUGGGGAUGGCACAGGUUGAGGCUGGGGGGCGGGGAAUCCCGCUAAUCCUUUUGCUAGGGCAAGAAUUUGGUUGAACGCCAACAAGGAGAGCAGAGUAAAUGAAUGGGUCCCUGGUGAGCAAAGCUGAAAAGCAGAGCAGGAUUGAGGAAGGAUUCCUGAAAGCAAGGUUGGGGGUUAAGUGAAGCUGCGGAGGGCAGUAGCAAAUUCAUAAUUUAUUUCAUAAAAUGUACAUAUUGCUUGAUGGGGGGGGACCCUCUCUUUGCAUGAGAGACUACCUGACUGAUUCUUCCCUUCCUUCUUUUUAUUUUUCCUGUCAUCCAGGUCAUAGUGGAGCCCAGCCCAUUGGAUCCUUCCCCCCUUGAUGAGAAGGUUCUGGUGAAGGUGGAAGAGAACCUUGACCUUGAUGGUGAAGCAGCUGCUCUGCUGGUCUUAAUGGAGGCUGGAGUCAAGGAGGAGACCUUGCCUUCAGAGAAGGCCUCUUUGGAGAAAGUGUCCUUGGAGGCUGAGCUGCCAGAGGAGGGGGGUGGUCUGCUGAAAGAGGAAGCUCAGUCCCCCAGACCAGCAACCGUGUCUCUUGAGGGACAGCCCCAAAAGGGCAAGAAGCCCAAAGUCCUGGAGCUACCUUCACUGCCAACCCAGGAGAAAGUGAAUGCCACUGUUAACAGUCUCUUGGCACCUGGAGGGGCAGGGAGUACGCUGACCCCAACCACGGUCAUUUCUUCUCAUGCACUGGUGAGACCAUGUUUCUCAGUUGGCCCAGUUGGGAGCGGACUACUGGGGGGUAGAACUAGGGUAUCUUUUCCAAAAUUGUUUUUGUCAGGGAGGAUGUGCCUGAUUUGAAUGGGAUGCUUAACAUUCCGCCUGGAUGGCAAAUGUGACUUCUGCUUUGUACAACCAACCAACCAACCAACCAACCAACCAACCGAUAUGCACAUGGCUCAGUAAGGCAGGAAUUGGCAAGUAGGGCUCCAGAGCCCAAGUCUGGCCCAUCAAGUGGCACUUUGGUUACCAACCCAGAGAGACUGUUUUGUGCAGCAAAGGGAUUUGCUGGCAGUUUGUUUUAUGGCAUUGGGGAAGGGUGUUCUCACCCACCACCCACUGUCCCAACCUCAAGUUGUGAACUGUGUCAGUUGGAUCAUCAGGUGCAAAGGAGGUUGCCUUUUCGCUUCACACAACAAGCUAACUCUGCCAAAAUUGUCUCUUCUGAGUGGCAGUCAAAGGUGCAGGUCAGGAGCCCUUUGCCACUGGUAACGUUAAGUACAAAUUGUUCCAAAGAGCAACACAUAUGAAGAAGAAUGGCCUCAUAAAAUUGCACCCACUUCCUAUAGCCAACUAGCCUCGUUUUCCUCAGCUACUACCUAGAACCCUGUGCUGCAGGAGAAGGCAGAAUGUGCUCUCUUGACUUUAAAUGGCAAGAAUAAGAAUAAGAAUAAGAAUAAGAAUAAGAAUAAUUUAUUUAUACCCCGCCCAUCUAGCUGAGUUUCCCCAGCCACUCUGGGCGGCUCCCAAUCAAGUGCUAAAAGCAAUACAGCAUUAAAUAUUAAAAACUUCCCUUCAGAUUUCUUUUAAAAAUAGGAUAGCUGCUUAUUUCCUUGACAUCUGAUGGGAGGGCGUUCCACAGGGCAGGCGCCACCACCGAGAAGGCCCUCUGCCUAGUUCCUUGUAACCUCACUUCUUGCAACGAGGGAACCGCCAGAAGGCCCUCGGCGCUGCAGAACGAUGGGGGUGGAGACAGCUCCUUCAGACGCUCCUGCCUCUUACCUUUCGCUGUGCCAAAAUCUAAUCCAUUAGUCCUGCCCUCGGCCUUCUCAGAGCCAGACACAGAAAACAGGCCAAUGGACUAGGAUUCUUAAAGGAGUGCUGUUUUCUCUCUGCCACCAACCAUUUUGUGUUCUGGUUGUGACGUCCUGAUUUUCUUUGCAGACCCCAGUGCUGCUCACUCCGAGUUCCUUGCCACCCACCAUCCAUUUCUGGAGCACACUCAGCCCCAUCGCACCCCGCAGCCCAGCCAAGCUCUCCUUCCAGGUAUGAUGUAAGAUCCUAGGUCUUACAGAAGGACUGAGGUGGGGGGUGAGGGUGGAGGAUUAUGGGUAGAGCCAGAGAGACAAUCAGGUUUGUUUGGGGAGUCUGGUGCUUGGUUACAAAGGGAAUAUAACAAGCUGUGUGUUUUCUUGCACAUCUGGAAUCCUCCUGUGCAAGUGUAAAUUCUGGUAUCCAGCAUGCAUUUGACCACUUGUGUGUAUAUGCUCCUUCCUUCCUUCCUUCCUAGUUUGUAAUCCUCAUAGUUGGGACAAAAUUUGAAAUGUGCAAGUGGUGUCUGAAGACCAAAUGGCUCACCUGAGUGCUAAUGUGCAAUAUGUGGUUCCCAAGCAUUGCAGAAGAUCAUUGGUUUUCCAGAGGGAUAGCUUUGCCAUGCAGAUUUGACCCACUCCACCUCCCUUAACUAGAGCACCUGCUGCUGCUGCUGUUGGGGAACUUCAACUGGCCACCAGUUUCCCUGUAAAGUGUGCCACAUCCCACCUGCUCUGCUGCCGCCAUUGCUGCUACUCGGGGGGGGGGGGGGGAGAAGGUCCCUCUUUCCUUCCCUCUUCCCAAGGUUCCCUUAGUGUCAAGGAGCUGUCAGUGAGUCAGAUCAACCACAGGGCAGGCACACACAUGGAAGGCAUGAAUUGCAAUUAGCUCUGUAUUAACAGAAAAUAACGCCACAGCAGAGUCCUUUGGUUCGCCUGACUCCAGAGCUGAGACAUUGCUGAAACUGACCCCACCCUUCCCUCUCUAGCCUCGUACUCUGGUUCCCUCCUAAGCAGACGAAGGCUGCAUCAAGGGGGAGAGCUCAGGGCCUCAGCAACGUGCAGGACUCUUCUCGAGCCGGGUGUCGGAGGGGGAGGAGAGGCAGCAAGACUGGGAUUGUCCCAUUGCUGUGUGGCAAGGGCAGCCUCUGACUCCCCUCCGUCUGAGUCUGUGCUCCCACUGUGACUGACCCCCUUUCAUCGCUCAGCCCCCUUGCUUCUGGCACCUCCCAGCUUGUCCCUUCCACAGGCUGCCCUUCAGUGUCCGGGAUCUAAGCCAUCGUCUUCUGUGCCCUCCCGGGGGGCUCUUGGGUGGGCGGCUCCCACCACUCUUCCUCAUCCAGCCAGUCCUGACUGAUGGGUAUUGACAUAAGAACAGGGUGAAACUUUAUACCACCUCUGGGGAUUUACAACUGGCUGUGCUCUGCUUUGAUUCAUCCCCACCCCCAUAAAUAUUGUGCCUCAUUCAGUAGGUAGAAGCUUUUGUGAUUGGUCUGGGCAGAAAUAAUGUGCUGUCCUUGGUCCUGUCCUUCAUCUUUCAUUAAAAAAUAGCCUACGGUACUUGUUCAUUUAUUUUGGUUAGGGUGAAAUGCUGUUGCAGUCAUUCAUAUGGGUGCCGUGGUGCACAUUUAGAAUUUAAGGGAGAAAACAAAAAGGCAAAAGUUUGUAAGGGCCCCACAGUGUGUGGAGAUGACCUUUCUUUGAGGCUUUUAUACAGCUUAAUUGCUGAAGGGUUGGGCGGGUUCUGAAAAGGAGUGGAAGUCUGAGGCUAUGCACACAUUGCCAACUUAAAAGGCAGCAAGGGCAGGGUUUCUGCUUUGUUUCAAAACACGUUUGCACCCCGUUGCACAUGUCAGGAUGGUUGGAUACAUUCCAAAGUCGCCCACUGUCCACACUGUAGACAUUUUCAAAUCUGAAGUUCCUUUGGGGGGCAGUGCAUCAAAAUGCAAUGUUUCUCAAGAAAUUACAGGAUAGAUGUGAAUUGUGGCUAACAUGGUAUCUACGGUACAUGGCUUCACAAACAAAAAUAACCAAAUGUUUAAUUUGGGGGAUGCAUGUGAAAUAUGCCCUAGCAUGGGCAAGAAUUGAGGGACAUGAGGGAGACGGAUGUGGCAUCUGAGGGACAGUGCAUGAAACCUGAUGUGUCUCUGCUGUGGUGCAUAGAAUAAAAGCUUCCAGUGGGGGGGGCGGUGGGGAGGAUAUCUCAUCUCGCCAGUUCUUUGCUUCAGGUAAGCUCUGCAUACACAUGCAGCCACUUUCUUCUGGUGGAGCUUCAAUAGGGAUUGAUGGGUGAAACUGUCAAUUUUGGUUGCUCAUUUUUCCACAUUUCCACAUCAGUCUGUGAUUUUGUAUUAAAAUUUAUUAAAAUUCAUCAACAUUUCAGUGUGAAUUUCUUCUAAUAUACAGCUGUUUGUAGGAAAUUUUGCUAAAUGCACACAUUUUUGCAAAGUAGUGUUCCCUAAUACAAAGCAUUUUUGUAUGUUAUCUUCACUAUUAUACGCAUUUUCAUAACACUAGUGUAUCUGUUGUUGCACACAUUACAAGGCUACAGGCCUUGCAAAAUUUGGAGAGGUGUAAAUUUCAAGGGAUGGUUGUGUUUCAUUUUGUGUGCAAAUUAGGUAAAUUCACCUGUAAAAGUGAACUGAAUUGAAUUUUUACCCCAUUUCCAGGCAUCUGCAGCCCUCUAUGUGUGUGGGGGUUUUUGGUGGGGGAGGGGAGAGAUUUGGAGCAGAGGAGAGUUGCACUUCUCUGCUUUUGUGAUCAAAAUUGUCCCCCCCCCUCAAAGCCCAGGAAAAGCUGUCUUUGACUUUUGUUAUAAAUGUAUGCAGAUCUUAAUUCCCUCCCCCUCUCUCUUCAGUUUCCCAGCAAUUCCAGCUCCCAAGUUCACAUCCCCUCUCUCAGCGUGGAUGGACUCUCCACCCCUGUAGUCCUCUCUCCCGGACCCCAGAAGCCAUAGCUUUUCUGCUCAGCAUCGCUGUGUCCUGUACUCCUGCCAAAGAGCUGGUUUGAGUUUCUUUCCAAGCAGUUGGGAUUGCUUCUCUGGAUGGACAACUGUGUGUCUCUUCACUGGCCGGAGGAUCCCUUUGGUGAGCCAAGGACUAAUGAGCUGCUUGAAGGAUGGAAAUGGUGUAGCAAACAGAUCUCAUCCAAUUGCCUCGAAUAGGCCAGGAUGUUCCUCUGAAACUAAACGGUGUCUCCCUAACACCAAAAAGUUGUUGUGCUGCACCUACCUGCUUCUGAAAAGCUUCAUGUGACCCCCAAAUACCUCUCUGGGGGCAAAGAGGUUAUAACCUCAGUUAUUUGCCGCCCACCGCCCCAGUUAAGGGGUUGCCCAUAUCUACCUUUAGUAUAGCAGCUUGGGCUGUCCUUCGUAUUCUCUUUCUUGCUAUUCAGUCUCAUAAUGGAGAUGAGUUGAGGUGAUGGUCCAAGUUCAAGAAGGCGACCUAUCUCCUGACAUCCUACAAGGUAAAUCAACUAUCUCAUCUCAUCAGCUCCCUCCUUGUUCAGGAGAGCCUUGGUUCAAAGGUAGAAAGGUAUAGACCCUGCCAGCAAUGUUUGUUUUGGUUGUAUGCAGGGGGGCAGAAGCAGCACCAACCAUAUUUGUGUUGAUUGUGUGUUGAUUUCAACUAUGGAUGAUCAGGGUGUUGGUGUGCAAGCUAUUUUUGGGCCAAAAGAGUUUCAGCCAUGUUUGUGGCUGGAUGCAAGUAAAGAUGUCAAGGUUAACCACAUCUGUUGUGGCUGAAAGGAGAAGAGGAAGCACAGUUGGUCAUGUUUCUUCAGACUUCAUGAAAAAUGGUUUUGGCACAGAGUGUUCUUUAAUUGGCUUGGCAUGGCAAAGGAAAAUGCAUUGGAUGUGUUUGCUGGUCAGCACCGGAGGAGGAGGCACUGCUAGUCAUGUUCAGUUUUGCCGGAAAAGGUAGCAGUGUCAGCCACGAUAGUUCUAUCUAAACAAUGUUGUCCAUGAGUCCUUUGGCUCAGUGAGGUGGGAGAUGUUUCUGGUGUUUCUUUUGGAUAUGUUAGACAUUCCAUUUGACAUCACAACUGCAGCUGAGGAAGCCCUGUUUUUGUUUUAUUCUACAUGCACCUCAGUACUGAUGCACCUAAAGGUCAAAGGUCACCAGUUCGUCAAUGUGGAGACCAGAGAAUGGAAGUCCCACCGACUUUACAGAAUGGUUUCCUUAAUUUAUUUGCUGACGACAAAGGUCACCACAGAAAUGACCGAGCGAGAAGUCUUAAUCCUUUCAACUUGGGAGUCGGUCUUAAUGGCUUCAUUUCUUUCUUCAGUGGAGAAAUAUCAGGUGUUGACCAUCUUCUCGGGAAGUUUAACUUGCUGACUGGUCACUAAAGAGAAAGUCCUCACAUACCUCCUCACUUACUUCCAGCUCUCAAGUCACCCUGGAAGCCGCAGUGACAAAUUCCCACGUUAGAGGGUAUCCUGGUCAUUUCCUGCAACCCAAACAAGGGGGCAGGGGAGGGGGAGGCUUUCUAUGGAAACAGUGAAAAGGAAGUUAAGCCUCUUUCUGCAGCUUCCCACUUCCUUCCAGUUACAUCAAAAGGGAAUUUGUGACUCUUUACAAAAGGGCUGUGUCUUUUCAUAAGGUGAGUUUUUAACUUAGGUCCUCAGAUCGUGAAAACUCCGUCCCUUCUGCUUUGAGGUUUUUGUGGGGAUUCCUCAGAACUAUUUGUUAAUGAAGCCGAAAAGAUGCUGUUUCAGAAAUAUCAUAUGAUUCCUAAUCAGAACUCCUGGCGCCUUCUAUUUUUUCACAGAGUAUAUAUCACAGUUUUAUCUAUUAUGAAAAAAGUCAUACUGAGAGAAUAGUAGAUGGUUUAAAGCUAUAUUUAUCUUUUUAUCCGUCCAUUUUUUAUAUCUAUUUUUUAAGGUGGGGGUGGGAGAUCAAGAUUUAUUUUAAAGCAAGUGGGAAAGAGAAGCACUUGGCUCUCCAGUUGUGUUUGGUUUUUAAGUGGACAGAAGACUAUGGGACAUGUUUUCAGGGCCAUGGUUUUCAGAUUGUUCCCAGAACGUUCCCUCAGUUAGAAGUUCAGCAACGAUGGAUAGGCUGCUCUGUGAGACAACAUGUCUACCAUUACUGAGAUUCCCCCAACUUCAGCAACAGGGAAACAUUGAGCAUUGAUUUAGGGGAGCCCAGGGAGGCUGUCCAGAGCCCUGGAUGCAUUCAUUCAGGGACUUGGUAGCAGAUGCUCAGCAGCUCCUCCGUGACAAGGCCUCCCUCCUUGUGGGAAGGGUUGACUGAAUGGAGAGGAUAGUUGACUGUGCCAAGCUGUACACCUGGGUCACACAGGAUGUGGGGAUGAAGAGUGACUUCAUUGAAAUAUCUCUCUCUCUCUCUCUCUCUCUCUCUCUCUCUGGUAUCUGAGGGCCAAACUAGAGCAACGGCAUGAAAUCCAUGGGGAAGAAUUCUGUGUCACGCUCUUCUGAUAGUUCUGUCAGUGCCAGCAUUUUUGCUUGCCAGAUGGAAUAGCCACUCCUCUCCUCCCCCUGGGGGUGUUCUGGGGGUUCUCCUGACCCUCCAGAGCACAUUUGGGGAAGGCUGGGUGUGGGGGGGAGGGAGAAGGCCCCUUUGCACUAGCGGGAGCCCUUGCACUGGCUUUUGCUAUGGUGACAGGUAAGUUGACUACAGGCCCAUGUAUUUAAACAUGGAAAUGACCCCAUGCCACCUUGAAACUGGGGUUGGGGAGGAGCUGGCAAAGGGAGAAGGUCUUUUGCAUGAGGCACAUGAAACCCUCCCUGACUCACAGCUUACCACCCCACAGUUUGUUCUGCAUGGUUUUUCCACCAGCAGGGAUCCCAUAUGGAAAGUGAGUUUAGCUGCGAGAAAACUAUGGAAAGGGUGGGGUAAGAGGUUAUCGCCCCCACCCAUCUGCCCCUCUUGCAGUUUGAAAACACACACCUGCUGCAUUUGUAUCCAGUUUGGCCCUGAUUCACUUACACCCAGUUGUAACUUUAGAAGUAAUUAAGAUGCAUAGGCUUCAUUCCUUUGGCUCUUUUGUGGCCGAUGAUGCUAAAUGCGCUCUUGCUACCACAAGUUAUGAAGCCAGAGGAAGCCAAGAGGGAGUAGAGAUUGGAUGAUAGAGACAAGAGGUGGCCGAAGAGCAUUUUAAGUGGCAGAUUUUCUGUGCUUUAAAAGAAAUAUGUGGUUAAUUUUAAUCAUCCCUUUGUGUAGCAUUUAAUAGUAAUAAUGAUUAUACUUUUUUGCACUUCCAUAUUGCCUCCCAUUGGGAGAAAUCUUAAGUGCUUUACAAGGGGUGGUUUACAGAUUUAUUUAAUAAAUUAGGCACUUUGUGUAAACAGCAAUCUGCAACUCAAUCAGGUACAAACCAUGAGUGUUAACUAUGAACAAAUCAUGUGUGAUUUGUGUAUAAAGUAAGGUGUGCUUUAGCGCAAACUGUGAGUACACCAUCAUAAGCCAUGAGUUACACGAUAGCAAAACAGGUGGGAACGAGAAUACAUUGUGGCUGAGCCCAGUGUAUCCAAGUGGCAGAUGGAAGGAUAAACCAUUGGCAACGCGCAGGCAAGGGAAGAGUGAACUAUGGCAAGACAUUGUGUAACCCUCUAGUACAUCAUGUGUAAGUAUUUGUAAAUGAUGAACUUGUAACGUGGUUAACCACAUCAAUAACCUGUGGUUUAGCUUUAGCCAUCCUACAUGCAAACCGCAGGUAAGCCAUGAGUAAACAAUCAGUAAAAUGCAAAUAUUGUUUCAUAUAAACUAAGUGAAAUAUGGUUACACUUUGAGUACACCAUAUGCAAACAGUGAUGAGAUCAAGUAAGCCAUGAUUGACUGAUAUGGUCAAGCCAUGUGAGAGCCUGCACAAUGCUUAGAACCAUUUGAGCCGGGCUUUCUCCAAUCGCUGGCUCUCCACAUGGAGCCUCUCUCUCAUGCUGGUGCCAUUGGGCUUGUCCCAGUUUUCUUGAGAGCACCCAGCAAAGUAGCUUUAUCAACCUUUUGCCUAGGACAAACGGCCUCUUUGGCGCUCUCCAUCCUGAAGCCUAUGUCUUCAGGGUUAAUUGCUUGAAAGUCCCCGGGGGACUUAGGAGGGCGCAGCUCCGAAGGAGUCAAAGGAACAGCACGCAGUCCUAGGGUGGUGUUUUGCUCCCCCUCCUCCCUUCACCAUGCGCAGCUUUCGGUAACUUUUUGUGCUGGAGUAAAACAACUUUUGUAGCCAUAUAUUAGUGCUGACCCAUGUGACAAAGGGAUCCUCGUGUGGAGGCAUGUUCAAGAGGUGAUUGCAAAAGGACCAUGGAACACGAUACUGCAGCAAAUAACAUACACUGCAUAUAUUUUCCUUCUUAAGUUCAGUUAUCUUGUAAAUUGAGAGUAAUUCUGCAAGAUCAGUGGAUCUGAAUUAUUUUAUAAGCCAAAACAAUCAGAAAAUACUUUAGCAUUUGGGGUU